CAAAGCAUUUCAACCUCUCUUUCUAGAAACCCGUCAAACGAGACCAAACGAGCCGCGGGAUCUAACGGUCGGGAUUUGUGCAUCUCGACGUCUAGCCCAAUGAACGGUCGAGAUAGCCGCAGCGAUCACCACCGGAAAAUCCAGCCAUCGCCGGAUCACUUCGAGUUCAGCUCCCACGGCGCCACUGCGCCGGAGAUGUGCUGCGCCGACGAGAUCUUCGCUCGUGGCCGGAUGAUCCCGUCGAACCCUACGCCGCCAGCGCUCAGGAGGAACCACAGCAACGCGACGGCGGUUUCCCGGGAACGUCACCGGCGAUCGGAGUCAGUGGAUGGGAUAGAUCGGUUUCGUCGCCGAGAUUACUGGCAGCUGAGGCGCGCGGCUUCAGACUCGUCUCCAGUGGUGGCGAGGGCGGUGAAGCCGAAGCCGAAGUGGUACUGGUUCUUGUUUGGCUCGGUGAGGAUGCCGGAGCCGGCGAUGGAGAUAAGUGAGAUCAGGAGUAGGAUACGGCGGCGAGGAGGGGUGCAGGCGGGGGAGUUGGAAGGGAGCCGGUGGGCGCCGUGGAAGCUGAUCCGGUCUCUGAGCUGCAAGGGAGUUGAGAGCGCAGCCGCGAUGGCGCCGGAGCCGAUGCCGCUGGUAAGCCAUGGGUUGAUUUGACGGAGAUACCCCUUGGGGUGAGUUAUGGGUUGGUGCAGCUUUCUCGUUGUCGGGUUUGGUUUGGUGCACAGAAUGCCCCUGGUGGGGGAUGUUUGAGUGGGGACAGAUUGGGAAUAAAUUGAGGUCACGGAGAGCCCGGGUGAGGUGGGAAGUGUGAUUUGUAUUUAUUGGAGCCUUGUUAGCCAUGUCCAUUUUAGGAAUAUAUUUGUAGAUUGGAGGAAUUGUUUUAUUUUGGGUUAUUAUUAUUAUUAUUAUUUUUUGCAGUAACUUU